ACAUGAUUGAAAAAACACAAACCCUAACCCAUUCGUUAUUUAUUUUACAACACAAACCCUAACCCAUUCGUUAUUUAUCUUACCAUACAAAUUUUCUUGGUGGAAACUUUUGCCGCAGCUUCGAUGAUGAACGCCAUGUUAUACCCUAAAUUAUCUGUUGUUGCCGCAGCUUCCGUGAACUCCAAUUUAUUUUCCAAAUUGUUUGUUGUACAACCAUUCCAUUUUCGCAAUGUCUUCUCAACGGAAGCUCAUUCGCAGAACCUCUUUUCACAGUUUGCCUCCUCCAAACUUAACCUGUCUGAGGCCGACAUCACUCGGAUGCUCAAGAGGGUCCCCCAGUUGCAGAAGCUUCGAACCCUCCACAAGGUUGAGCAGUUUGUUAAUAUGUUGAAGCAGCAUGGCUGCAAUGAAGUCCAUAUUGCUAAAAUAAUGAGGAGUCAACCCGGAUUCAUCGGAUUUGCAGAUAGAAUAUUGGAACCUAAGAUCAAACUGCUGGAAGAUUUCGGUUUUGUGGAUCGAAAUCUGACCAAGCUUUUGACGAGCAGUUCAUCCAUUUUGCGCAUUAGCCUCAAGGACAGCCUUCUUCCCAGGAUGGAGUUUCUGAAGAAUGUUUUUCAGUCCCAUGAUGUGCUCGUUAAAGCCCUGUUAAAAGCACCAAGACUUCUAUGUUAUAACUUGGAGAAGACUUUGAAGCCCUCGCUUGCUUACUGGGAAGGAUGGUUUUCUUCUGGGACGGAGCUCGCAAGCUUCUUAAAGGUAUAGUUGCUACGAACCUCACAAAAACUUUAGAGGCGAAGAUAGAGAAUCUCAAACUCUGCGGGCUCUCGGCUGAAGAAACCUGGCAAGUACUUGGAGCUGCCCCUAUAGUCUUUAAUCUCUCCAAGGAAAAUGUUAGUGAAAAGAUUAACUUUCUCGUUAAUAACAUGGAGCUCCCUGCAAAUUAUGUAGUGAAGCACGCUAGCUUGUUGCAUCUCAAUUUGGACAAGAUCAUGAGACCCAGGUGUCUGGUAUGGCAGAAAAUGAAAUCCAUUAAUGACAUCGAUCUCCCCCUUGUGACGGUAUUGAGGAUGCCAGAGGCAAGGUUUGUUAGCAAGAUUAUGAAAGGGCACCCUGAGUCUAAAACACUGUGGACAAUUUAUGAAAACGCCAUUUCUAAUGCCUCCAAUCGUACAAAGAGCUCAGCAAAAUCAUAAAUUUGGAUGGAGAAAGUGAGACUCAGGCAAACUUAUUGAUUUACUCUAUGGUAGAAGAUAGGCAAGUCCUCCACGUCCGGGUGUUGGCUGUGAGCAUUUUACAUUCUUGGAGGUAUUCGACAACUGGAGCUAUCACGAUAUUUCCUCUUCCCUGUGUCCUCCUUGUAGUUGCUCUUCAACAACAGGUAGGCAUUGUAGUUUUUCAAUUUUUGAAGAGAGCUAAUUGCUAUCAACCACGAAGUGUGAAUUAAUUGGUGAAUAUUCAAUAGAAUCUCAGAAAUUGCAUCA